GGCGGCGGCCCUGGUGGCGGCCCCGGUGGGAUAUGGCCCUGCCGCUCGGAGCUGCCCUGCAGGAUCCUGGCCUGGCCAUGGCGCAUGCCGCACCUGUGACCGAUGAUUUAGGUGAGUGGACCCAGGGGUAUGCAGGCAGCUGGUAAGUUUUGCCACGUGUUUUUGGGGCACUUCAGCCAGAGCAGGAUCCUGGAGCCUCAGGUGACAGAGCCAGCAAUGGGGGUCCCCCCGCUCUGCAUGCCUGGACAAGCCAAAUCCAUCCUCUCCGGGGCCGUGAGUGGGAUCUGGGGUGCAGAGCUGUGUGCUGUGAAGCAGUGAACUCCCCCACGGGGACGCAAUGGGGUUCAGGGGAGGGGAUGGGGCAUCUCGUCCCCCCCCCAAUGGCUGCUCCAUUCUCUGCCCUGAACACAAAGGAGGCAUUUUUGAGUGGAAACGAGGCAGGAUCCGGCCAUUCCUGUCCCCCUGCUCUGGCUCAGGGCAAACAGGGGGGGCACAGCAAGCCCAGAGGGGUCUCACCAGGGUCUCGGGGUCCUCCCCGUCUCAGGGCUGCCCUGACACCCUCCUCAUCCCACAGAGAUCAUUGAAGAAGUCAUGAAGGAGGAUGGUUUCCAGCCAGAUCCGGCCCCCGUCUUGCCCAAAGUGUUGCCCAAAGGCUCGGCCAAGCUGGUGGCCCGUGGCUCCAGCCCGUGGUGCCACCCGCUGCUGCACCCAGCUGAGUCCUGCCCGCUGGCGGCCGGCUUGGCACCCUAUGGUGCCGCAGUGCUGCCAGCUGACACACGGUCCCCCGCAGCUCACCCAAAGCCUCAGCACCCUCUCGCUGUCACCCAAGCUGGUGCCGCGGGGAACAACGGGCGCCAGCGGGCGGCACCGGUGGUCUCCGGUCGCCGGACACAGCAAAGAGCAGCUGGAGGGAGCUGCUGGAGCCGCCCAAAUUGGUGAUCACGGAGCAGCCCAAGCAGCGGGGCAUGCGCUUUCGCUACGAGUGCGAGGGCCGCUCGGCCGGCAGCAUCCUGGGCGAGAGCAGCACCGACGCCAGCAAGACGCUGCCAGCCAUCGAGCUGCUGAACUGCCACACAAUCCCCGAGGUGAAGGUGACGGCGUGCUUGGUGUGGAAGGACUGGCCCUACCGCAUCCACCCCCACGGCCUGGUGGGCAAGGACUGCAGCAACGGCUCUGCGAGGUUGUCCUCAAGCCCCAGACCAACCCCAAGCACAGCUUUAGCAACCUGGGCAUCCAGUGCGUGAAGAAGAAGGAGAUCGAGGCGGCGAUAGAGAAGAAGCUGCAGUUGGGCAUCGACCCCUUCAAAGCCGGUUCCCUCAAGAACCAUCAGGAGGUGGACAUGAAUGUGGUGAGGAUCUGCUUCCAGGCCUCCUACAAGGACGGCUCCGGGCAGACACAGCACCUCAGCCCGGUGCUCUCGGAGCCCAUCUUCGACAAGAAGUCCACCAACACCUCAGAGCUGCGGAUCUGCCGGAUGAACAAGGAGAGCGGUCCUUGCACGGGCGGUGAGGAGCUCUACCUGCUCUGCGACAAAGUCCAGAAAGAGGACAUCGCGGUGGUUUUCCGGAAGGAGACGUGGGAGGCGCGGGCGGACUUCUCGCAGGCCGACGUGCACCGCCAGGUCGCCAUUGUCUUCAAGACGCCACCCUACCAGCACCUGGAGCUGGCUGAGCCCGUGGAGGUGGAGGUCUUCCUGCAACGGCUCACCGACAGCGUCUGCAGCGAGUCCUUCCGCUUCACCUACCUGCCCAAGGACCACGACGCCUACGGGGUGAACGUGAAGCGGAAGCGGGGGAUGCCUGACGUCCUGGAGGAGCUCUCGGGCGCAGAUCCAUAUGGGAUCGAAGCCAAGAGGAGGAAGAAGCCGCUGGGAUACAUGGAUCACUUUGCGCCCUUGCCGGUGGCAGAUGCCUUCGCCCUCUUCACUGCUGAGCCGGAACCCUUCGACGCCCUAGCCCAGCUCUACGUCCCUUUUGCCCCCCCGGCCCUCCGCGAGGGGUUGCCCCCCCCCUACCCCCCCACGGACUUCCCGGCCUGUCUGGGCCCUGAACUGCUGGCCGAGCCCUACGGUUCCCCACCCCGUGCCCCCCCCUUCCCCCCCACUGACCCCCACCCCACCGCCAGCCUGGUGGGCACCCAUAUGUUCCCCGGGCACUACAAAGAGGCUGACCUGCGCCUUGGGGAUGUCUGAGUCCCCCCCCGAACCCCCCCCUUC